UUUAUUGGUUUGGAAGAUAUAUACAUUAAACUUAUUAAGGGGUGGGGUCAUGCCCGAUUUUUAAAGGUAUCGCUCCAUCUAUCCUUAUUCGUUUUAGGUGAUAUAAACAACCGUUAGGUGAACAAAACUAUUAUACACUGUAGCAACAUGUUGCAAGAGAAUAAAAAUCUUAUAUUUUUUAACUAACGUAAUCGUGUAAUAUACGAACAAUGCUCUACAUGCUCUACGGAUCCGACAAGAAGGCAGUAAGCCGAAUAAUACACACAAUUUUUCAAGUCACGAAAUGUGAGAGAGUUUUUUAAGAUCUAAAACUAAUUAAUUAGAGAAAUAAAUAUCAACAGCUUUAUAUAGUCUUUACUUGUUAAAAAGUGUGACUGAAAAAUCAGAUAUGCUAAAAUAAGAAUUUAAAUCACGGGAUAUGCGGCGGAAUCGUCCAGAUAGUCAACAUUACUUUUACAUAAUUUUGGAAGUGUGAAUGUAAACUGGCUUUGUGACUGAACUAGAAAGUUAAAGUUAACUUUAGUCACGAUUAUUACACAUUGAACCAUUUCGAAGUCUUUCUCUGAGUAUCUUCCUACGAAUAAGGAAUGUAGUAGGAUUUAUAAAUUAUAAGCUCAUCAGAAAUGUUAUAAGCCUAAAAAUAGAAACUGAUAAAAUCUGUGAACAGUUUUUAAAAUAUCGUAAUAACAUAGUAAUUGAUUCCCUAUCAUAGAACCAUAUAUAAAUUUGUAUAUCAAUGUUGGCUUCACCAAAGUUGUAAAUUAUAAUUUAUGUUGAAAUAGGCGAGAAAUCUACCAAUGGUAGCCAUGCAGUCCACUCUACUGAGGAUUUUUCCUCCUGCCUAGAAGUCAAACUACUAGAACAGUGAAGUGCUUGCCAAAUUAUUCAUUGAGUUCCAGCAAAGUGAUAAAAAUAAUCAAAUUUCAAAGGUGAAAAUUUAAAAUAUUCGAAGCAAACAACAUGCUGACAACAAAUGCUGUAAGCUAUGCUUAGCUGAAAAUCCUUUAAAACUUAUAUCAACACCCAAUAGUCGCUCCACUUAUCUAGUCGCUGCUCGUAGUUUCCUGUGUGUAUGUAUGCGUAUGUGUGGGUGAGUGUGUGUUUAUGUAUACUAGUAGUUGCUUCAAUAUCGCAAAUUUACGACAAAAAUUUUCAAAUUACUGAGCAUAAAUUAUAUUAAUAUACUCUCUUGUGUUUUCUGCCACUCCACCUCCACGGCGCUUGCACUGACAUUUAAUAAAUGUUGUUAUUAAAUUGCAACAACGGGCGUGUACAUGCUACAAAAACAACAUCAAACCACAAUGUGCCAAUAAAAUUACGUUCGUGCAACUUGCAGCAUGCAACAAGUUUGCCGAGGGCAUUGGUGACAAUGCCACAAGCGGUGGAGUCGCCAAGCCAGCCGGCAGCGGUUGGCGAUGAAGUUUCGGCUGCUGCGGCGCAGUUGAUGCAGUUAUUGCCAGCGGAUGAGCUUUCGUCGCGCAGCACAGAAUGUGGGAAAUUUGGCGAUCCCUGCGUUUUGGCCGAUGAUUGCUGUACGAAGCAUUGCCAUAAUUAUGCUAACAGAUGUGUGACCUAGAAAGAAAUUUAUUUAUUUAGUCAACGAUUUAUCUAUGUACUUAUAAAAAAUAAUCUUUAUGAAAUAAAUAUAUUUUAUGAGAAAAAAAUUUGUGUUUGGAUGUUUUUUUUGUAAUAGUAAAGAAUUACCUGGAAUUAUCCAAUGAUUGAUUUCAUUCCACUUCGAAGUGAUCUGAUAUUCAGCCCUAAGUUCUCGAAAUAAGGAAAAUAUUCCUUAACAGAAAAUGUAAAUAUAUAAUUUCUUAUAAGAUGGAAGAAUAUUGAAUAAAUUUAAAACAAUAUCUUCUGAUCGGUAGAAAUAAAGUAAACUUACCAAGUAAGUUUACUUUUCCCUUAAAAUAUUUGAACUCUUCAGCAAUUUUUUUGUAAUUUUGGUAGCGCUGUUGUCAUACUAAAUAUGCUCUCAAAGAUUCGAGUAAAGAGCAAGU